UGAGACCUUCCAGGUGUAGAGAGAGACAAGCUCUUGUUCAGGGGAGGGGUGCAUAAACCUGCUUGGACUGCAGACAGUGUCCGCUUCACCACAACAUCUACUUGUAAACACCAUUAGUGCGGGGGAGAGCGAGCACAGACUGUAGCAGUGGGAGAGAGUGCUGAGCGGUGAGAGAGAAGGAAUGGAAAAGAAUGAGAGAGUAAGUGAUGGACCCCUCUGGAACCCUCUGGCAGUUUCUCCUGCAGUUGCUGGAGGAGCAAAGCCACCGGCACCUCAUCUCCUGGACAUCCAAUGAUGGGGAAUUUAAACUGCUGGAUGCAGAGGAGGUGGCACGACUUUGGGGCCUACGGAAAAACAAAACCAACAUGAACUAUGACAAGCUGAGUCGAGCUCUCAGAUAUUACUAUGAUAAGAACAUUAUCAAGAAAGUCAGCGGCCAGAAGUUUGUCUACAAGUUUGUUUGUUAUCCUGAUCCCAACAGCUUGGAAGCACCAAAGGAGGAUGGCAAAUGCAAGGAAUCUGUAAGUGAGCCAAAUCACCCCCCAAAAUCUGCAGACAGCUAUGUCCCCAAAAUGGUGAGGAGCAGCUCCAAGACAAGUCGCAAUGAGUACAUGCGAUCUGGGCUCUACUCCACUUUUACCAUCCAAUCGCUGCAAACUCCACCUACAGUGCAGCCAAGGACUAGCAAGCUGGAAUCUCUGCCAAUCACUGAUGUGCAGCCACAAGUACAGGAUAAGGAUCAAAGCUUCGACAUGUCCUACGAGACAGCUGAGCAGCAGGAUGGAGCUCUCUCCGUUGAGGUCAACAUCCAGAGCUCUGAAGAAAUUCAGCUACAUGUCACUGUGGAUCCCCCCACACCUGAUAUUAAGGUGGAAAGUCCAACAGAAGAGGCCUCACCUGCUGACAUCUCUGAACCUCAGGUUUUUAUCACUUCUUUACCUGAGCUAAAAGUACAAAACUCAGAUCAGCAGCUCACUCAAGAGAUUGUGGUGGUCAUAGAUUCUCCAGAAAAGGACGACAUCAGGAUGAAGACUGAGCCUCAAGAGGAUGUGAGAAAGGAAGACUCUUCCAACUCAACUGUAUCCCCUGAGGGGCUUCCUGUUAAAGGUAAAAAACCAAAAGAUCUGGAACUGCCAUACUCUGCUGCGAAUGGACAAGAAAAGGUGAACGCCGCGGUUAACUCAUUGUUGGCUCCUGGGAGUGCUUCUUCUGUCAUUACUUCUCAUUCCUUGACUCCUCUCCUGCUUACCCCAAGUUCUCUUCCUCCAUCAAUCCACUUUUGGAGCACCCUCAGUCCUAUAGCUCCACGCAGCCCUGCUAAACUCUCUUUCCAGUUUCCAACAAAUGGAAGUAACCAAAUACACAUCCCAACUCUCAGCGUUGAUGGACUUUCAACCCCUGUUGUUCUUUCUCCUGGACCUCAGAAGCCAUAAGGAAUCUGUGAACUGUGAUCAGUGGAUCAAUGUCUUUUAGAUAACUUUUCCUGUUGGUGUCCCAGAGGAAUAUUUUUAUUGAAAAGAAAACUGCAUCUUAUUUACCUUUUAAUGCACUAUUUUGAAGACAAAGAGUGGAAGCCCUACAUCCCAUAAAGUCUGGUUCCUUGGGGUAUCCCAUAGAAGACAUAUCUUCUGAUGUCCAUUUUAAAGGUUGUGUGAAGUUCUGUGUCUCUUAAGGACGUUCUGAAGAAGAAAGCACAUCAAUCCUGUGCAAUCCUAGUAAUGGGUAGCUGUAGUUUCAGGAUCAAGACAACAUUUUAAACAGGUAGUUACUUAAGUGUCCCAGGGUGCAUUAUGGGGGCUUAAAUGUCACUGACGCAAACUGAGGAUAAUGAAAAACAGAGGACUGGAUUUCCCAGGAAGAAAAUAAUGCCUUGAAAACUGUAUUACAGGGUAUUAAAAGUUGAGGAACUUUUUUUGUAGAGACAUUGAGACCAGGAUAAUGUGCAGUCUUAUUUUGGUGAUCAAGAUUUUAAUGUUUUUUAAUUGGUAACGUUUUUUGAGAGGAAUUCAUUCAGGAACAUUUCCUCAGAUAUUCUGCAUCUCAAGAAAAGCUAAUGUUACAGGUAUAUAUGGUCUAAUUUAAGAUUUUAUGAUGAAUGAAGUCCUGAAAGAAAUGUGUCUACUGGACAGACACUUAUCUAUCUACUCCUGAAGCUGUUUUGGGAGAGAACCCUGCCCCAUGUUAUUUUGUUUACCAGAUGUAGAAAAAAAGCAACAAGCUGAGGCCUAUUAUUUUUUUUACAUUCCUGUUAGAAGUCUUAGAAAGAAUAUUGAAAUAGCUUCUAUUUAUAUGUGCACAAAUGGCUUUGUAUAGAAGAUGAUAUAUUUUGACAUACAGAGGGGAAAAAAACUAAUUGGAGCCAAAUUUAUAAACAAAUCCCCAUGGCGAUUGUCAAUAUGGCGGCACUUUAAGAAAAAAGGGAAGAAGAUAUCUAUUUAUCAGAGUCUACAAGACUUCUUUAGAAAAUGGACACCCAGUUGAGUCAAAAAAUGCAUGGACAAGUUGAAUGACAAAGAAUGACGGCCAGUUAAAUGGGCCAAGAUAGAGCACAACUUGUUGCAACGACUCUAAUCUAAAUAAGUCGGGAUGGAUAUAUGAUGCACAAGACAAGAUGUCCCGCAGCUAUUCUAUGAAUGUAAUUCUGCAGAAUAUUUAAGAAUUUCCUAUAGUAUCUGCAGAAGAUUACCUGUGAGCUAAUUUUAUAAUCUGUUACUUGAAAGCCUCACACAUUCAGUCUUGUGUUUAUAAGUGAGAAUUAGCUUUCUGUGACGCAGGUAGAUUUCAUCUCUUGUAUAUAUCAGAGGCUAUAAUAUCACCUUGUGUUUCCUUAAAGCAUGGUGUGGUUCAACCACCUCUCUAAGCCAAGAUGCCAGUCAGCCCUCAUCUCACAGUUUGGUGUCAUGUUGUAGGUUUCAAAUUUUGAUCUAGGUAUUUUUUCUUUUUUUCUUUUAGUUAUUUUUCUUCCCCUUUUUUAUAGUUUUUAUUUGCCAUCAUUUCAGUUCAGUAUUUUACACUUCCUGAAAUAAAUUAUUUUCUUAAAGGGACAUUUAAAGGGUACUUUUUGCAUUACUGAUCCUGGAUAAGUGUUAAACUGUGUUUAAUUCCAGAAAAGUUGUUAAACAAAUAGGUAAUGUCCUCUUCUUGAGCUGUGUACUUUGUAUACUCUAAGGGUGAUUUUACCUAUGCGUUUAACCCAUUUGCAGGUCUUAAAUACAUAGGGUUUAAUCACAAGCCAUUAGAAGAGUUUAUCGAAUUAUUUUUCUAUAGAUUUCACUAUUAAUUGUCUAAGUUGAUUUUUGUAGAUAAAUCAUUUGAUCAGCUUUUCUAAAGCAUUGUGGUGGACCUUAUAGAUAUCUGGGAUGAGUAAUUCAAUAUUUGCAUAUCUAAUUAGUUAGAGCAGACCAUGUUUGCAUUACAUUUUCUUUUUUAAACCAUAUUGUAUAGCUAAUUUCCCUUUUAUUAAGACAUGUGUAACAAGACUGCUGUUCAUUAUCUGAUCUUCUCAUGGACAAUGUGAUGGACUCUUUACCAAAGAACUUGAAAAAAAACCCAGAAAUAGUGCAAUACCUUCUAUAAACCAAAAAAGUUAAAGGGCUUUACACGUUUCAACAAUUACAUCUGCCUUUCUCAAGAGCAAAAUGAGAACUCACAAAAUGUUAACCUUUAUUUAAGCUGAUAGGUUUUAAUGUUCCUGAGACUUCACAUCGGAAGUGUUUGUUGCUGUCUGUUGAAAGUGGAUACUGAAUAAAAUACUAAUUUUAACAAAUUUUAUCCUGUGAGUAAUUUCCUUUUUGUGAGAUUUGUUUCAUUGAAGGUAUCACACUAUUUCUGGUUCUAUUUAGCUUUUAAAAUUCUUUGGUAGAGUCCAUCACUUGGUCAAUGGGAAGAUCGGCGCAGCCAUUCUACAUAUGGAUUGGAUUUCUACAGUCUCGGAAGUGACUUCCAUCCAAGGAAGUAGUUGUAUUUAAUGUGCAAUAUUGUAUUUUUAUUGUUUGUAUAGUAUUGUUCAUUAUCUGAUUUUUGAUGAUAAGAUCAUCGUGCUCCAAGCUAGAGAAAUGGUCCGCUAAAAGCAAAUACUGCCGUAUACAUUUCACCUUACAAGGCUUUAUGGGUAAUAUCUUUUAAACACUAAUAACACAGCUGGCUCACCUCUGUUACAGGCCUUUCAUUGAAAGCUUGUUUGCUGAGAAGCUUGUUUCUGCCUCCUGACACUUUAUAUUAGUGUUUUUCAGAAUUGUAGUUCAGUGCUUUUGUAUUGCGCUUUUUUUUACAAACACAGAGAAUGUCUUUUUGUCUCAUGUUCUUUACCAUAUUGUUGCGUGGCCAGGACAUAUUCUAGUUUUCACAUUCCGUUCUGAUGAUCACAGAUCGCAUUUUCCAAAGAACUUCUCAGGAUUGUUUCCAAAUGCCAGACAAGAGGGGUGGGGGAAUGACACUUCCUGAAUAUACUUUUGUCAGGGUUAUUUUUUUAUUAUUAGUUAUAGGAGUGUCAAAUUUCAUAGGGCUCUCCUUUUUGAUUCCUAGGACCUUUCUAUUUUAACCACAGGGGCGUCUUGUCCUUGAAAGGGCUUCUGGGGAAAAAAGAGAUUUCCCACCCAUAGUGACUGGCGUACACUACUCUAGUUCACCUCAGCUUUUCAUUGGCUGAUUUCUGAUAUAUAAAUCAAGUGUUUGUUGCUCUGGUAUCCAAGCACAACAUGAAACCAAUAGUGUAUUAUAUUUUACUGAUUUAUAUAUCUAUAAGUAUAUCAUCUUCAUUUUUUUUAAAAUGUACAAUUAUUUUAAAUGGACAAAAAUUUAAUUUGUAACAAAUUGCAUACAUGUUCAAUUCUAUCAUUAAGUGUAGGAGACUUUGCUUUGCCUUGUUUUGGGCAAGCUAAGGGAAAUUAAAAAAAAGAAAGAGAAAUAUUGCCUUGGUCACAACCUAAUAUCUAUUUAUAGUAUAACAUAUAUACUGUA